CUGGUGCGCGGUAGUGCACCUGUCACGAAACUAGCUCACCUGCUCUUUACCUCGGAUUUACCUGUUGAUUUAUAAUGCGCCAGUAAUCCUGCCGUCCAGUCGUAUCUACACGACAACUAAUCAAUAAUCAUGAAGAAGGGAAAGUUGAAUUUUCUGGGUCGAAAGACCCAGUCUCUUUUCGACACCAAUAUUAAAAUCAAGGACAUGGAAAAUGCAAUGCCGGUGCUGGAGUCAUCGGCAAUCCCAGAGUCAGGAACUGCCAGUGUGCGGGCCAGACCAACUGUCAACCAUCACACUUCCUCAUUCGACAGCUUUCAAGGGUUUGCCGUCCCGACACCCAAAGUCCCCCUCCUCCCCCCUGUCAACGGUCCAAAGAUCAACGGUUCAGUUGGUGGAAAUCACUUGUCCAAUGAAUCUGUUAUAUCUGUGCCUGGAAUUUCUGUUCCUCCACCUCCUGCCAUGGCUCCUCCACCCCCUCCGGGGACUUUUAUCCCUCCUCCACUAGACUUCAUGGGUGACCUGAACAGUCUUAAUGUGGCACCAUUUCCCUCUCUAUCCAUGCCCAAUCCAAAACCGACCUCACUGGCACCAUUCAUGGAGGGGGAAGACUUAACCUUCAAAAAACCGCCACCAAUGGCUCCACCAAAGCCUCCACCUACUUACUCCAAUGGCUCUGCAUCACCCGUCCCCAGUCCACCACCAGCCACAGUUCCUGAGCGUCCGAUGUUCUCCCCACCACUGCCUCCUUCUGAAAGGCAACACAAGACUAAUAAGAAACCACCUCCAAAACCCAUUAGACUGUCCUCUAUAUCCAACUUAGACUCCCCACCAGGGACUCCUGCCCCACCUCCCCCCGUGCAGACAAACACACUGUCCUCUUUCAAUCCCCAAAACACAGCAAAGCUUUACUAUGUUCCUCAGACCUCAAUUCUCAGUGGGUAUGAAGAGCAAGACAAAAGACAAAAGCAGAUGUUGCUCCUGGAAGAUUCUGCGGCCGUUAAAUCUGCCCCAGUUCUUGUCCAGGUGGAUGGGAAAGCCCCUAAAGUGGCUACACCGUAUAAACCAGCUCCCAAAGAUGUACAGGAGCUGAAGGAGAACUUACAAAUUCCCCAACCCUCUCAAUCACCGCCUCCUGAGCCAAACAAGGAGGUUAAAAAAGAGAUAGCUUCAGUACAGCCCGAAAUAGACAAACCGCUCCAGACUCCACAUCAGCUGCUGAAACUAAACAAUACUCGGGUGAAUUCAGAGCCCAUUAAUGACCAAUUUGUAGAAUCUCCAAGUCAAAUUUGUAAAUUCAGUCCGUUAAUAGAUCGUAAACUACGCAACCUGAAGGGUAGUGAAACCCACGGGGCACGAGAUGGACCUACAGCGUCCCCACUGGCUCUUUUAAUGGCGGCUAAAGAAAGAGACAAACAUAAAUCGAGUCACCCUCUGUCGCGGGAAAACAGCAGGAAAACGAUUGAGCAGCCAAGUGCAAGCAUUCACCCGAGUGACACCAAUCCCAAUUCAUUUGUUGUCACCCCAAAGUCCAGCUCUUCCUCUACUCUAACAUCUCUGGAAAGAAUACAGGAGAGUCUAAAGUCUACCAGUCCUGCUGUACAUACGCAAACCGUUCAGACUCCAGCAAAAUCCAGCAGUCCUGCUCUGGUCGAGGAUCCGAUGCCAUCCACCCGUUCAGCUCUCAGUAGGACGGCAGCAUCCCCAAGUGCGACCCACCUGGUUGAGCAGAGGCUAAAUGCAGUGCAAAGCCCCUCAAAUUCUCAAAACACACAGCCUGAGGAGUUAAGUAUGCCAUUACUCCCUCCGCCGCCAGAGUUUGAUGAUUUUGACGAUUUUGACGAGAAUAUGGAGCCGCCUCCUUCCGUUCCUCCACCUGACCCUCCCAAGAAAAAGGCACCAACACCAAAUGUAAUCCCUCUCCCUCCGUCUCAUGUUCCACCUCCUCCCCCAAAACUCCCCCCAGCAGCUCCAAAACUUCCACCUCCUGACAUCGACGUCAAACCAAAGUUUCAACCCCUGCAGAAACCCAAGGCGGCCCCUGCUCCGCUCCCAUCCACUCUGUCACCCAGCCAGAGCACGCUCUUGAGCAUCCUUCAAAAGAAGAUGUUGGAAAUGGACCACAAAAUGGCCCCAGUGAACGAGGCAGAGUCCACUUCUGAUGACUGGGGCUCCCCCCUGUCCGAUGAGGACAAUAAGGUCCCUGUUGUCCAGAGAGCCGCACGACAGAGCAAGAAUAACCCCGUGGUCAACAAAGCAGCAACACUGAACAUGCAGGAGCUGGAGAGUAAAUUGGUCAGUAAAUAUCAGGAAACCUCUUCAGUGAAGGUUCCAGCCAGCAACGGGACGCAGUCCAAACAUCAGCAUGGUAUGACCUUUACUGUUCGGCCUGGAACCAAGCAGCCCAUUACUCUUGUCAGAAAAGGGGAUCCGUAAAGAGACGCGUUAAAGAGAUAGGUGUUCUUCUGUUUAGCACACAUCGCACGUGAUUGGAUCAUGUGUUUUUGCAUCAGAAGGAAUUUGUACAUUGGAGGGGAAAAGCACUUUGAACAAAUGCUACGAGCAAGUAUGUUAAGCAUGUCUAAUAGCAAUGGCCUGCUGAGUUCUGAAUGUAUUUCUCAAUCUUUGGAGAACACACUAUCACUGUCAAAUUGUGUUUUCUGUUUUGUAUUUUGUUUCUGAAGUUUCCGGUUGACCUUUUUUUUUAAAGUUUUUUUUUUCUUUUUUACUGCAGAUUUUUAUUUAGUGUAGAGGUUCAUGUUGGAUAUGUUGCCUUUUUAACCAAAGCUUUUUUAUCAGCCUUAAUGCCACAUGGGUUAUAUUCAUAAGAAAAAUAAUAUUCAAAGUUAUUCAUAGCUGGUAAGAGUGUGGCGAGUGAAAAUGAAUCUACAUUACUCUCAACAAAUUCCUGACAAAUGCGUUGACGGAUAUAUCUGUAAACAUACAAUAACGUACAAUGCAACUAUUGUGGUCCAUGCUGUAGUUAUAUGUCCCAUAACUGAAAUAUUCUCACUGUUACAUGUACAUGAUGUAGGUCCACUAGAACAAAGCCAACAGGUAAUUCAGACAAGUGUGUUUAUCCCUCAGUAGGAUUGUUUCUCAUAUUUAUUGAUCUUGGAAAAGCGUUGCCAUCUGUAUAAUAGUUAAUUUACUGCAGUAAACUUUGUGUCAAUGCAUCUACAUUCAUGCUGUACAUAUCAGUUUAUAUAAGAUUACAAAAGUACCUAGAUAUUGUAAGAUUUAGAAUGUUGGUUGUAAAGUAUUUAAGCAGAAAUUUUAAUCUACACCAAAUGUUGUCCAACAACUAAUCUGAAAAUAAAUCCAAGCAGUAA